UCCUCCAUUCAUUGAAUGGCAAAAGUUCCUGAUCGGAUCGAUGAUGAUAAUAAGUUUAAUGAAUUGGUCUCUAAUAAAACUGAGAGUAUUUGGCAAAAUUGGAUGUCUUCAACAAAUGAUAAUUUAGUGGAGGAUAUUAAGACUACGUCCACUCCAGCCCCGCCCCCAGCAGCCAGCAAUACUGCCGUAUCAUCUGCCAUCAUAGAUAUUACACGUACGUGUAAUACCUAUGUUGCCACUAGCGCUAGCUCAAGCCUCGUUAAACCUAUGGUUAAACCAAAUCACAACGAGAAUUUAGUGGAUCUGGAGGAUCCAAAGGCCACACCUACGACAGCCCCGCCCCCAGCAGCAUCUGCGGCAAUCUGCCACACUUGCGACAACCAUGACCACAGCCACACCUGCCAAAACACUGCAGCCACUCAAUCACAAUCAGCUGAUAAUGGCACACAAACACACAUUGCUGGUGGAUCGACUAAUGGGUCAACUAAUGGAUCAUCAUCAGGUCCUGUCAGGAGAUACUGUCCUUGCUGCGAUUGUGACCUAUUUCAACAAAACUCGAAAACAAGGUCUCCAACCAGUCACAAUUACACCAAACAGAGGGACAAGAUGAGACAAAAACUGGAAAAGAGAAGGAACAAGAAAGACGGAGAAUGUCCCCGUGGGUAUCCUUAUCCUGUUCCUCAUCACUCCUAUCACUCUCACUCUCCACCCACCAACCAAUCAAAUGUAAAAACUCAUCCAGCCCCUCCCCCUCCUCCUCCUGCUCUAGCUCCUGCAGUUGAGACUAAAGUGGCCACACCUCCUACCCCACCCUCUAUUGGAGAUGACCGCUCGCUGGACGAACUACUGAGAUUCAUUGAAGGAAAGGAUUUUGUUGAGCCGACCAGCAAUGAAAAUAAAACAAAGAAAAAGAAUAAGAAGAAAAAAGUAACAGAAUCAGUUGCUGUCUCUUCAUCAUCUUCUGGUAAUGAUAACAAUCAGUCACACGUCACCAUUAACAGAGUCUCUGAUCCUCCCCCUCCUCCUCCUCCUCCUCCUCCUGUCAUUUCUCCUUCUCCUCCUCCUCCUUCCCUUCCUGCUGUCAGUAAGAUGGAGAGUGUUGGAGGAAAGGGUAAGGCUGGGGGUGGAAAGGGACCGGCAGGAGGGAGUGUGGCUAAAAGGGAAGAGAAAGGAAAAGCAAAGCAGCAGGCAUUAGUUAAUGGAGGAAAGAAAGGAUCUCCAAGUCCACCAGUCACAAAGAAACAGACCUCACAACCUUCGCCUAAACCAACCCGUAGCAAUAAUGCCUCCAGCAGGAGCUCUAGCAAGAAAACCUCCCAUCAAUCAAAUGGCAUUGGUAAAGGUGAUAAUGAUACACAUUAGUGUUGUUCUAGUUCUUAUUUUUCAAAUAGUUCUAGUUUU